UAUUUUCUGUCAUCGUGCCUGAUCAUAUUUAUUUUGCUUUUAGGAAAAAAAAUCAUUGGUGUCUUCCAAUAUUUUUCCAACUAAAGAAUGUGUGACCCUAACCAGACUCAGGUCACACAAAUAAAACUACUUGGAUUUCAAGGUCUUUAUAAAUUCAGGAUUCUGCUGUUUAUUGUGUUCCUUCUAACAUACAUGAUGAUCCUAAGUGGAAAUAUAUUAAUAAUCUUUUUAGUGACAACUGUUGAUCAGCUUAAAUCUCCAAUGUACUUCUUUCUCAAGUAUUUGGCUACAUCUGAUGUCCUACUGACUACCAGUGUGGUGCCCAUGACACUCGAUAUCAUCCUAAAAGAUGAAGGAAGAUUAUCACUGGAUGUUUGCAUUACUCAGCUUUAUUUUUUUUGUAUAUGUAGCUACUUGCAAUGUUUUCUGAUCGCCAUCAUGUCCUACGAUCGAUAUUUGGCUAUCUGCAAUCCAUUACGAUAUCCCUCACUUAUCAAUUCUCAUGUUUGCCUCCAGGUGAUCAUUGGGUUAUGUUUCUGUGUUAUCAUUUUAGUAUCAAGCGAACUGAUUAUGAUCUACAGGUUUGAUUACUGUGGGCUGAAUUAUAUAGACCACUUUUUCUGUGAUUUUUUCCCAGUGGUUGAAUUGUCCACCUCGGAUACUUCUGCUUUGAAGCUACAAGAUUUUAUUAUUUCAAUCAUCACCAUAUGUUUACCAUUUGCUUUUAUUAUACUUACAUACAUUUGCAUCAUAGUCACUAUUUUAAAGAUAUCAUCUGCACAUGGGCGUAGAAAAGCCUUCUCUACUUGUAGUUCCCAUGUAACCUUGGUUGGGGCUUUCUAUGGGGCAUUGAUCAUUGUCUACAUGACACCAUCAGAUGAAAGCUCAAGCUACAUGAAUAAGUAUAGAUCUUUGUUGUAUGUCAUGGUGUCUCCACUGAUAAAUCCAAUCAUUUACAGCUUAAGAAACCGUGAGAUCAAGGGAGCUCUGCAAAAAACCUUGGCCGAUUUUAGGAAUUUUGUUAGGAAAUAAAAAAAUUUAAACAAAGGUGUGCUUCCUUGCUGAAGUGUAAUGAGUUAUCAAAGAGCUAUACCUAUAUAGCAACCAAAUACCAAAAGUGAUGUGAAAACAUAUAUUUCUUGAUUAUACAUCACUGG